AUGGCGGGAACGGAACAAUUUGAUGAAUUUUUAGGUGGAUCGCAACAAUUGCCAUAUGAAGUCCACAUUAUGAAACUUAUUUCAGCAAGAGCUAGUGAAAUUGCUGCAAUGACGUAUUCUAUAGAAAAUCCUCAGCAAACAAAACUUGUAUUUCAAAAAUUGCCGGUAUAUAUGCGCAGGCGCGUCAUGUCUCAUAAUGUCAAGCGUUUACCGCGCAGACUACAAGAAGCACAUUUAAAUCAAAUGACCAAAUCUGGAUUGCCGCCAAAAAUUAAAAGAUCAUCGCGUAGAUAUCGCAGACGCCCUCGUAAUUUACUUGCUGAAUAUACACGAAGGCAACGAAAUAAAAUUUGGCUAGAAACUCAUAUCUGGCAUGCAAAACGUUUUCAUAUGAUAGAAAAAUGGGGUUACAGACUCGCAAGUUACGCGAAUGAUAAAUGUUUCAAAGCGAAUUAUCGUGCAAUGGUGAAACACUGCUUGAUGCAAGAUAUUUCAUAUUAUACAUGUGUCGAAAUUAAUGGUCAUCAGGAAAUUUUAAAAGAAACGUUGAAAAGUCAUUGCAAUCCAUUUGAAUUAACGUUUGCCGCGAAAAUUUUUAUGGAAGGCACACGAGAAGGAACUGUUAUGUUUUUUAAAAAGAAUGGUUAUCCUCAAUUUCCAAUUGGUCAUGUACAUUUUUUAUGGAAUCCGAAUCAAUCUGAUCUAAGAACUAUAUGGAUAUGGGUACAUCCAUCUUUUCUCGACGAUGUCGUCGCGGAAAUUGUAUCUAGUUUUGAAUUCAAAUGCAACGAACAUUGUGCUACUACGAGUAAUCAAACUCUAGAAUCUUCCCUGUAUAUUAAUGAAAAAGAUUGUAAAAUGACUGUUCAUAAAAAUACUUUUAAUCGAUUUCGUUUUUACGGACCGUUGACAAUUAAUGUUUUAACAAACGCUCUUCAAUUGCCAAACUUCAAUGAAAUAAUUAAUUUGAAUCUGAAUACAACACAAUUUGGUAACAAUCAAAUAGAUUGCAAGAAGGAUCAUAAUUCUGAUAAAUCAUGGCAUACUGAAUAUUAUGAUAACCAGAAAAAUAUUGAGUCUUUAAAAAUUCAGGAACAAUUAUGGCAAGCGUUAAAAACGUUACAAUCGCCUAGUCAGUUACCAUCAAAUAUUAUUCUUGGCUUUACAGUCUUGGAUCCAAGAUUCCAUUUACCAGAUAAAAGAACUAAACCUCAGAAAGAGACACAAAUAACUGAGAUAAUAUCAAUACCUCCUAUAAAUGCGAAUUCUAGUCCACUUUGGGAACAAAAGAUAAGAGAAAAAGUGAGUAAGACAUGUGUAACGACAAGUGCAAUUAAUAAAAUAAGAAGUCAAUGCUUAGUACCUGGUCUAAAUAAUGACAAAUAUUUUAAUGAAGAAAUCAUGGCAAAGAUACCGAUAUUGCUCAUUCAGAAACCUGGAAUUGGAAAUACAGGUUUAGGUUCUGGAAUAGAUGUUAUACUUCCAUCGAAUUGGGCAAUGUCAUUCUGGCUUGCAUUUAUAUUUCGUUCUGUAAGAAUUGGUGCACUCAGAGAAUCAAAAUCUAUAGCAUUUGAAUGUGAGAAAAUGCAAUCCCCAGAUAUUAAUGAUCCAGAUACUCCUGCAUACGCAAGAGAAGCACUAAAUACCAAAUUGGAAUUAAGAGAAAAAUAUUUUCGUUACCCACCAAACAGGCGCGUAAAUUUCAUUAAAUUUGGAAUUACUAGUCCUUUCUUUUGCGAAUGGAAUAUUUUAAUGAAAGAAUGGACAAAUACAGAACAUUUUUUUGUAUUAAGAAAUCUAGAUAUCAUAAGAAAGGGAUAUCCUAAAAGAUUUGCAAUAAUAUGUAUGCCAAUUAAGGAGGACAUAGAAAACUUCAAGAUCAAUAGAAGCUGGUCAGGUCCUGUGGAAAAACUAAAUAUUGAUCCAAAUGAAAAUACUCGUAAAAUAUCGCGAAAAAAUCAUUUAGCUUUGUUAAAACGGUUGAAGAGACAAAGAAUACAUCAUAGAAAGACAUUAAUUAAUAAAUUAAAAAUAAGUCGUGAGGCUAUUAGUAAACAAUCUCAAAAAAUGUUACAGUUAUAUCUUCCAGAGUGUGUUAAAGUACGAAAUUCUUGUAAUAGAGAAAUCAUGGGUUAUAUUACAAUGGGUGAUUUUUGUUUUACAAAAGCAAAAGGCAUAGGUUUUGGAUAUGUGACAUUAAACUCAUUAAUUGAACUGAUUGAUAAGAAAUGUCCCUUUGUUCUUAUUAGAAAUAUCCAGACAAGACAAUACAGAAUUGCUAGAUUAGAAGUAGUGACUUAGCUUGUAACUAAUGUAGUAAUUUUUAUAAUAAAUUAUUAUUUAAUAUUUCAAUCUAUUGUUGAAUUUUGUUGAUUACUGUACCUUUUAAAAUAUUUUUUUUAAACAUAUAUACAUAUAUACGAGAACAAGAAAUUAAAUCAUGCAUAAAAAAAAAAAAAACUGAUAUGAAACAAUUUAAUCAUUAUAAUGUGUAAUUAUUUACCCAUGCUACUCGCAAACAGAUAUGUACAAUUGCGUCAUAAUUUAAGUUAACACUUAUCAUUAUGAUAAACGAUUGCAAUAAGAAUAUUAACAAAAAUAUAUUUAUUCAGGUUUUAAAGUAA